AUGGACAAUUUCUACCCCAAGGGCCUGCAGUAUGGUGACAACAGAAGCUCGGGGUCUUCAGCCAGCUUUUCCAAGACACACUCCAGUGAUUUUGACAAGCACCGAAAGUCACACUAUGAUGAAGGAAAGUUCCUCAAGGCUCAGAGAAAUCUUCCCUUCAGUAAUAACAAGCACAGCAACGAGGCCAGUGCCAGUACGGGCGGUGGCAGUCGGGGUGUGAUGCUGGACCCAGAGCCCAGGCCUGUGGAGAGAGGCUGGACGGGAGGACUGGCCAGAGGAUUCAAAGAUGAGAUUGGCCUGGUGACCAGGAACGACAUCCCAAAAAUCAAGGGUGAGCCAUGGUGCUUGACGGGGCAGGGGGGGGGCAAUGGGAGAAAUCGGUCCCCACCUUCAGCCGCGAUUGUGUUGGGCCAGGAGGUUGAUCUGCAACGCAAGGAGUAUUAUAGCAAAAGGAGGUACCUCAGGUGCUCUCCCCACCCAGAGCUCGAGGAGGACACAGAAGAUGAGCCUGAGCAGCAGGACACCUCCGCAAAUUUUAACUGGGUGAUUGAGAAUCCCAUAAGCACUGAAGUCCGUCUGCUGGACCACACAGGAAGCCCCGUUCAGGAUCCCCGGACCCCCGAAGAGUCCCUGGCAGGGACAACGUCGCAGCCUGGUGCUGCCCUGUCCUCCAAAGACAGAGCACAGUCGGGCUGGUGUCAGUGGCUGGUAUCCAAGGGGCUCAACUGGCGAAGCCCAGAAAGCUUGGAGAAGAACCCUGGAAGCAGCCCACACUCCCCACACCAAAACCAAUGUAGACACGAAACCCUGCGGCUUCGAUGGACACAAGAGGAGGGAAGCAGACAAUGGAAAAUGUAGCCAGCCAGGGAUGGGGUGGGGACCAGCCUCUCCCAGCCCUCACCACCCUCGAGGUGGACAAUAAAGGGAAGUGCAGGAGU